CUUUUCUUCGGAAAAAAAAUCGGCUACAAUGAAUCGGUAGUAUCCUCUAUUCUGUGCGUCAGAAUUUCAGUUUUUUGCGAGUGAACAAGAGAAGGUUUUUUAGAGAGAGAGAUGGAAAAGGAAUCAAGCCAUCCGGUGCCAGGAAUCAGUCGGUCUUUUUAUUCUCAAUGGAAUGCUCUGUGUUGUACUACAUCCUACCAAUAUCCGAGAUGUAGCUCAUCUGUGGCAACAACAUACACUGAUCGAAAGAUCUGCCGACGUGUGAGCAGGAGAUCCCGAAUCCGUUCAUUUUAUGUUUUGAGAUUUUUUUUGGUUUCUUUUCGCCCCAACCGGCGCUAAUAGUACUUACUUUGUUUGGACGAAGAUUGAGUCUUUUCCAGCAUAAUAGUAUAUAUGGAUAUAAGCUGCUCUUCUAACCUAACGCUCAUUUGUAGCAGGUGUCUCAGGUUGUAUCAAGAACCUUUUGUUAUCGCGUAUAGAUACGUAUAAUUUGCACCGUCUCAGUGUAUAGUGUUGAGGUAAUCCUAGUAAGAUUACAUUUGCACCGUGGUCUCAGUUUACAGUGUUGAUGUCAUCCUUCUAGGACAGUGAUCUAAUUUUCAUCUCCACCUAAGCGCAACUGCGUCGAACCUAAGUCAAGUGUGCCUCUCAUAGGUACCAAAAAGACUAAAAAGAUGGACACGGGAGAUCAGGAUAUGGGCAGUUGCCCGAUGUCGAUUUCUUCCGUCACCGAUUCGACACAUGAUACCUCAAACGAACACGAGGUCUCACAGAACAACAUCCAUAUUCGAAAGCCUUUCCUCCAACCAAACGUGAGAACGGAUAGAAAGGAUAAGGAACGUACUAUUUUUGGCAGUUGAUUGUUGGAAUUAGUCACCCAAUAACAAUAUAGCCAAACAAGGGCCGAUUCUUGACUUAGUGGUCGUCACUGACAGAAAGUGAUUGCACGACUUAGCUAUAAGUUGUAAGUCUCAUGCAUGGAUUCCCUGGAUUAGUCUCAUGCAUGGAUUCCCUGGAAUUAGUCGCCCAAUAACAAUAUAGCCAAACAAGGGCUUCAGCCAGGGAUUGUUUCGAAGUUUUAAUAGACUGCAGACCUCCGCAUUCGUAAGUAUUUACUACUGGUACUGGAAACUAUGAUUUUCCCCAUCUGCUUCUACAGGACCCAUCCCUCUGGUAUGGGACACACAGGGAGCGCAGGUUAGCCGACAAGUGCUGAAAGAACGUGAUUUUGGGUUCGCGGUGAAAGAAACUGGUGUCCCAGGCGGUCUGCAUCCAAUUCAGAGCGGGACAAAUUUAUGAACAGGGUACCAGCAACUGUAGAAUUGGUACGAGUACUCUAGAUUUGGGGUAGUAUUACUAUUAAGAGGUUGGUGGAGGGUCAUGGAUGCAUAGGUAAGAGUAGGAUCAUGGCUGCAUAGGAGGUAAAAGAGUCUCCUUUAGAGAUGGCCGUCUAGCUGCUCCUACAGGUCCUCAGUUGGUAAAAAUACUAUAAUUGUCAAUAUGUUGACGUAAACGUAUUCUGCUCUUCAAAAAAAGAAGGUACAGGGUGACUGAAAGGCCUCUAGAACGUUAGAAUGACGUAAAACGAGGUUCCAUGACAUGAUUAAGCCUGCUUUUGUUCUUCAUUCCCGAGUCUCGGUAGCGGCUCGCAGGGAUCCGAACCGUCUGCCCAAGUGCACGCACUCUACGAAGGCAGCGUGAUGAACGAUAUUAUACUCAGCGUGCGCAGACCAGACGGAGUCUCUGAAAACCUGUGGCUGGCAAAUAAUUUCGUCAAGAUAUUGAAGGAGGUACUUCUUCUGGUGAAUUUAUAAGAUAAAUAUUUUGAUAGGACUACUGAAUUUCAGAUGUGAAGGAGGUACUAACUUCUUCCAAAUUUAUGAGAUAUAUUUGCAUAGGACUACUGAAUUUCAGAUGUGAAGGAGGUACUAACUUCUUCUAAAUUUAUGAGAUAUAUUUUUGAAGGAUGUACUUCAAGUUGUUUUGAUUGGUGAAGAUACUGACGGAGGUAUUAGUUCUUCACCUGUUAUAUCAGAAUCUAUGUCGUGCGGGGAUAUUGCAAGGGGAUGACCACGUAACACCUUCAUAGCGUCAUGAAUUAUCUCAAUCUGUCCCAACUACAGACUUCUAUGGUCUCGUCAUUUAUGAUGAACGGCUGCUGCACGGAAGCCGCGUGUCCAGUGAUGAGGGCUGGUGCCCAUACGUACUUGUGGCAAGACAAUUUCGAGGAUGGAACCACCAAGAGUGGAAUCGAAUUGAAUGCACCAAAAUUUAUGGCACAAGAGAAGAUGUUGUUUCAAUGUUGUUUGCAUGAAUUUGUUGUAGCUAGUACGUUCGAUUCGGACGGCGGAUCACAUCCUAAUCCUAAUCCUUUCUAGAAAGAAUCACAAAGUACUAGUAGUUUGUUUCCCCUGCAGCUGAUAAAGAGUGAUAAGUAGUUUGUUUCCCCUGUCGCAAGUAACAAAAGGUGUUGUUAAUCAUGUCAAAGUACUCCGCCUCUUCCUCUUUCAUGCCCUACAUCAAAGCUGUCCUCGAUUCGGCACAGACGAUGAUCAGCGAUCCUCGCGUCUUUCCCAGUACGCCAGAAGGUGCAUUUCCAGAAUGCUUUAGGGAAUUGGUACGUUUUUUCCAGUUUGUGUAGUCAAUGAUCUUCUAGGUCAUGACCGAGAGUGAUCCACGCAGCUUCUGCAUGUGGCUGAUUUAUAACUUUCAUCUCUCUCUAGGAACACUCUUGUACCAUAUAUGAAGUCUUCAUGAAGAUGAUGAUACAAGUGACACAGUGGCACUGCACCACGAAUACAACGUAGGAGGUUUCUUCACCUUCCUUUUGCUGCGUAAAACUAUACAGGUAGUGCCUCAGUUCCGAAGGUUCUUUCGGUGCUAUUGCCACUUCUACAGACAUCACUUGCAUCAGAUGGAGCAACUGGGAGUUGAGAAAAGAGUGAGAUUUUGCGCAGCGUUUUGCUGCCUCUUUUGCCGUGAAUUCAACAUGUGCUCGGACACUGAAUACGACACGAUUCAGCCACUAGUAGACCAGUGGCUCUCAGAGGCAGGAUGCAAAUAAGGCAAGUUUAGAAAGUACAUAAGUUGUUAGAGUGCCUAGUGUAGUCUAUGUCUAUCAUUAUUGCUUUUUCUUUUCCUAGUUAGUUUGGCUCCACCCAUAUUAUUGCAAGGAGGUAGUUGACCGCCACAGUCCUUUUACUGUUUUGGGAAUAUAGUUCUAUAAUUGUUCUUGCAGUACUAGUACAUGUUUUUAGUCGGUUCAAUUUUUGUGCAUACUCACCGUAGUUGGAACAGUAAGUAAAGACGUAACUCCUUGAUACAAAAGUUUACUCAUAUCGGAAUCCAUACUCAUAGUACAUGGCAUGUACGUAAGUGACUGCGGAUAGUAGACGAAGUAGCAAAUUCGUAAAAUACUGACUUUGAAACGUCCUAGGUAAAUCUCAUAUUGUUAAUUUUUGCAUAUUCUUGUACAGUUUUUGUAUUUCAUCUAGGAAAAGCAUGUUUGUUCAGGAAUGGUUCAAGAUGAUUUACAGUCAUGUUUGACUUCUGCAUAUGAUAUGCCAUAUACAUAGUACAGAUUCUUCGUGUAUGGGAAUCGACGAAUGCCCGGGUGAGCAGCGAUGUCUCUCAGCAUGAGGAAACACAAAAAUGCAGCAAGUGAGUAACACAAAAAAGCACAUUUCUUUGUACUUAGCUUCCGUAUACUGGCUUCUGUGCGAAGGUACCACAGAGGCAUAGCUUCUUGAACAUGAUGACAUUCUUGAUGAUCGAUGAAAGAGCAUCCUGGAUAAUAGUUGCACAUGCAGAAAGAAAAAAGGUUUUGCAUCUAUUUCAACUGCUGGCGCGGUUGAGGAAACGGGAGUAAGACUAGACAGUAUUCCUCCGCCCCGUCUGACUUGGCGCUUUAAAGUGAGAACUGUCACACUCACACCGUGCAUUGUUGCCACCAGGGCAGAUAGAAGUGCAAGAGGUGUCCUGUUAUUACCGUCUGCAAGAUGGC